AGCUCUCAAGAAAACGCUGUGCAAAUGUCUCACAAUGACAAAAACUGAUUGCUGCUGAGUUUUACCAUCCCAUCUCUAAACAAACCGAUGAACAAGAUGAACUUGUCCAGCAAGGUCUCUGUCAGUUCUACUACACCAUUCCUCUCUGAUGACAUCACUGCCACUGCUUAUGAGUACUAUGACUACAGCAAUUUGACUGAUGAAGACUUUGGAAAAUGUGUGUUUGAGCGCCAUGGAGAUCGUUUCCUUCCAGCCCUGUAUUCCAUCAUCUUCCUGCUGGGACUUUUGGGGAACCUUCUGGUCAUCUGGGUCAUUGCUUGUGGCGUGCGGCUCCGCAGCAUGACUGACGUGUGCCUCCUGAACUUGGCCUGUGCUGACCUGCUCCUGGUGUGUUCCCUUCCCUUCCUCGCUCACCAAAGCUGGAGCCAGUGGAUAUUUGGAGAUGAUAUGUGCAAGAUGGUCCUGGGUAUUUAUCACAUUGUUUUUUACAGCGGCAUUUUCUUCAUCAGCCUACUGAGCAUUGACCGUUAUUUGGCUAUAGUUCACGCAGUUUACGCUCUGAGGGCACGUACACGAUGUUUUGGCGUGAUUGCUGCCGCAGUUACAUGGACAGCUGGAUUCAUGGCAUCUUUUCCUGACUUGGCUUUUCUUAAAGUGCAGGAAUUCUCAAGAUCAGGCAAUAAUACUUCUCUGUACUGUUCUCCUGAAUAUCCUCAAGCUGCCGUGAAGGACUUCAACGCAUCAGACAAACACUUCUGGAGGGUGUUUGGACUUUUUAAAAUGAACAUUGUGGGUUUGUUCAUCCCACUUUUGAUUAUGGGUUUCUGCUACAUGCAGAUUGUCCGGAGGCUGCUGAACAGCCAGUCAUCCAAGAAACAGGCCAUGCGUUUAGUCGUGGUCGUGGUAGCUGCGUUCUUCUGCUGCUGGCUUCCCUACAACGUUGCGUCCUUCUUCAAAGCGUUGGAGCUACUGCACGUCUACACAGAAUGCAAAAGCAGCAAAGCCAUCCGCUUGGCGUUACAAGUCACAGAGGCCGUUGCGUACGCUCACAGCUGCCUCAAUCCCAUCUUGUACGUGUUUGUCGGGCAAAAGUUCCGAAGGCAUCUGCUGAGGCUGAUACACAAGGCACCGUGCAGAGUGUGUCAUCUCAUCAAGAUCUUCAUGCCUGUGGAGAGAAUCAGUGCAUCAGUCUACUCACAGACGACAAGCCUGGAUGAGCGCAGCACCGCAGUGUGAAGGACGAGUGAGGGUGGCGGGGGCGCCAAAGGCACUUUGACUUCAGAUCGUACCUUGUACCAAGGUUCAAAUUGCCCAAAUCAGUGUUGUGGCAUUAUGCCAUUGUGCGUACAGGUGAAAUCAUUGGAAGGGCUCCACAUUGGUGCUGAUUUGUAUGAUGUGUUUGUCCUGUCCCUGAGUAUUUAAGUGUAAAAUCAUUAACAGUUGUUGUUUGCCUUGCUGACAGUCUCUGAGCUUUGGCGAUCAUCUGCGGUCAUUGUAUUUGUGAAAUAAUUUGGAAUAUUAUUCAAAUAAUUUGGUGAGAUGAUGUCAAAGGAAUGAACUCUAAUGACUGCCCUUCUAGUUAGCAAUUGAUUUUAUACUAUCCAUUAAUACAUUUGUAUUUUAGACUGUACAAACAACAUAAAAAUGUAAAAUUAUACAAAAUUGUAAAUACUGAUGACUGAAAUUUUUACAUUGCAUUGUCCAGAGGGUUUUUUUUUCCUUUGAUGGAUUUCAGUAGGGGGUGUGAUUAUUCCGAAUUUAUAGUAAAUAUGCAAUAUGCAUUUUAAAGUUAAAUUAUUCUGAAUAUAUAUUAAAUAUGCAUUUUAAAGUAAAUAAGCCUGGACAAGCCUGGACGAGCGCAGCACUGCUGCGUGAAGGACGAGUGGGGGGUGGGGGGGUGCCAAAGGAACUUUUGGGUAGUUCUGUCUGCUUCAUUCAGAUAUUUAGGGCUCGUUUCAACUUAUGACGAGAAGGGACUUCAGAGCAUACCCUCUACCAAGGUUCAAAAUGCUCAAUUUGGUGUUUCGUAUGCUAUGGUGCACGCAGGUGAAAUCAUUGGAAGGGCUCCACACUGGUGCUGAUUUGUACGAUGUGUUUGUCCUGUCCCUGAGUAUUUAAGUGUAAAAUCAUUAACAGUUGUUGUUUGCCUUGCUGACAGUCUCUGAGCUUUGGCAAUCAUCGGCGGUCAUUGUAUUUGUGAAAUAUUUUGGAAUAUUAUUCAAAUAAUUUGGUGAGAUGAUGUCAAAGGUAUGAACUCUAAUAACUGCCCUUCUAGUUAGCAAUUGAUUUUGUACUAUCCAUUAAUACAUUUGUAUUUUAGACUGUACAAACAACAUAAAAAUGUAAAAUUAUACAAAAUUGCUGCAAAGAUACUUCCCCAUACAAUAGGCAAGAACCUCACUAACCAAAGCCCACAUGCCAUGAACAAACUUUUCCCUAAGUUCCAAAACUCUGUUUUAGUGACAGAAUUCUACACAAUUCUUCACAAAAUAAACUGCUCAAUAAUGUGGAGACCACCAUACCGUUUCCCCGGCCGAAAUUGACACAGAAUGACCAAACUCAUGUUUUGUGCUCACAUGACAUUACCAGGCUCAGAUACAUGGAACAAGAGCGACCACUGAUGGACAAUUUGGGAAUAGACACAAAUCCAAGGUAUUACUUGUUUGUUGUUGAAAAAAGAAAAAGAAAACUUUUCUUAAUUGUGUAAUUCCAAGCAUGGAACUUUAAUCUACAUUAUCUUUGGGUUUUAUAUUGACUAUAGAGGUUAGAAAGUCUUAUCAAAUGUUUUUCUUGUUUUCAUAUUAUGGACAUAGUGUGUGUUUCAAAAGUACUUAUUUUACAACAAGAUACUGUUACUAGUGGACAUGGUUGGUUUUAAGUGAAAAUUCAAGAUUGAUACAAAUGAUUUCACUUGGACAAAGAAAUGCAGUCAAAGACUACACUACCCAGAAUUUUUGGGGGCGGAGUUAAAGACCCUUUAAAAGUGAAUGUCCCUUGGGAGAUGGGGCUUCUGGCUUUUUCUCUUGCGACUCUUCUCCUCUCUAGUGCUUUUGGGAAUGCCUUUCCUUUCCUCGUCAUCUCAUUUUGUUGCCCUUUGUUCAUCUGACCACAUGUUCGUGGAUUUCUAUUUCUUUCUCUGUGCGCACAGCAAGUAGUUACUUUUUCUGUCUUCCAACUCAACUUUUUGCAGAGCUAACAUUCGCAAAUUAAAACACCAUUUUUUAAAUUCCAAUUCUACCUCGUGAAGACUUUUUGUUGUAAAGUUAACAUUUUUGCCUAAAGUUAUUUUUGACCUGAGGGGUCAGGGUCCAGUAAGUGAGCUGUUGAGAUGGACGGAUCAUCGACUGUGGAAGCAGGCAGCUGCCAACACCUGAACUCAGAGACACCCUGCACAUCAGCAAAAGUAAGCGGUCAGUUUUGUCGGAAUCUGGCUGGAGUGGCUUUAUUUAAUUCUCUUCCUUGUCAUCAGUAAUAUCUCACAUUAACAAAUGCCAAAAUAAAUCACCUGCAGACUAGCUAGUAAUUCAUUUUUAAAUUCCUGCAACUAGUUCAUACUGCACAACCAUCAUAUAAUAAUUGCAUGUUGAACUUUAUUAUCAUAAAAUUGCAUUACUGUGAUAUGUCCUGUUCUGUUUAACCCCUGACUGAGUUAAAUAAAUAUUUUAAACAUAUGUGGUUGUCUGUAGAGGUAUCGGAUCUUGACCUGUAGAGCUUCUGACUGGAAGAUAAGAGUCUGAUUUCCUAUUUCCUGUUGACUGAUUCUAAAACAUAUUGAUUUUAUAACACUGUUAUAAAAUCAUUCAGUCAAAGGUGGUGCCCCAAAUAUUAUUCGAGAUAAAACUAAUUACUAGUGUCAGUUCGCUACACAUAUAAUACAAAACAGAUGGAACUAGCAAUGGAAACUGAGGUUUAAAAGAACAGAGACGUGACAACCAUAUUUCAAAGUAUAAGGCAUGUAGUAGAGAAACUUCAGUCUUCGACUGGACUGGGUUGCUUGACGCGAGGAUGUAUCGCUUCAAAUCGCAGAAGCUUCCUCAGCUAAAAUUCUUACUCUGGUAGUCUGACUUCUGUCUGACCCUUGUCGAGAAGAACAAGGGUCAGACAUCCAACAGCAAAUGUAAUAGUCAGAGAUCUUAAAACAAAGGAUUUACAAAUGAUUUUAAAUUUAAAUGGUAAAUAUCAAUAUUCUCUUGAGGUAAUGCUGGCCCUAUUGAAUUUUUUUGGGGUGGGGUGGUGAGGGGGGCUACAGCCCAAUCCAUCCACACCCUUGGGCCGCCUGUGUGAACUGUGAACACUUGUACAUUUUAAAUGCUUUAUCAGCUGUGUUCAUUUGUUUCUUUGCAUUUGUUCUUUUUGAAGCUGUUUAAUAAAAAAAAACUGCCCAAGAACAACAACAAGAGGCGUUGCAGAAGUACAUCAUCAUCAUCUUGAUAAAAUGCAGCUGUUCAUGUACUGACACAAAUUAAAAACACGUUUGUUGUGAGUCACUGGAACUGUUAUUUUGGCAUGACAAGGCUGAACGUUGCUCUCCAAGUUUAACAACAGCUGCAACAGUGAAAUUUUAUUAACCGUAACCGAGAGAAACCCACAAACUGUGAGAGGAAGGAAACUCGAAUUGUCCAUGUCACUUGCACUAAGACGUACUAAUAAGCAUUUGUUGAGUGUUAAAGUGAUGUCUAAUAUGUGUUGUAUAUUUGUACUGAAUAUGAAAUAAUAUGAAGUGAUGUGACAAAUGAAGUAUGUCUGAAGUAGU